CCUCCACCGCAUCCCAUGGCCACCACCGACCUCCUCUCCGCACUCGACCAACUCGAUCUAUGCAAGCAAGAAGAAAGAGAAGACAUAUUCGCCGACGUAUCAACCAUCGCAUUCGAACUCUCCCUCCUCAUCACCUUCUCCCAUAUGCUCCACUUCUUCCUCAAACGCCUCGGCCAACCGAGCGUCGUCUCACAAUUGCUCGCCGGCAUCAUGAUCGGCAAAUCCUUCCUCGGCCACCUUCCCUUCGCCACCGAAUACCUCAAUAUCUCCAACCAGGACAACCUCACCAGCAUCGCCACCAUGUCCCGCAUGCUCUUCAUGUUCCUCGUCGGCCUCGAACUCGACCCCCCUUAUCUCCUCCGCAACAUCCGCCGCGCCAUCGCCAUCUCCUACUCCGGCGCCGCCUUCUGCACCGCCAUCUCACUCGCCGCCACCCCUCUUGUCUACAACCUCACCAACGCCACCGGAAGCAAAUCCCUCUUCGCUUUAUCCCUCGCUCUCGUCCUCUCCAGCACCGCUUCCCCCGUCGUCAUCCGCGUCGCCACCGAGCUAAAGCUCACCAUGACUGAAUCAGGCCGCCUCCUCAUCGCCUCGUCGCUCAUCAACGACAUGACCUGUUUACUCUUCGUAGCCGUCAUAAGCAUCUUCUCCCCAACUGGAAUCGGCGGGGAUGAGACUUCAACAGGGUCGAAACUCUUCAACGGAGCAGUGGCAUUAACCCUAAUUGGCGGAUCGUUAGGGUUAGUGAGGCCGGGAGUGAAAUGGCUCAACAGAAGGAAUAAGGACAGGGGAGGCAUUAGAGGAAUUGAGCUAUUGGGGGUACUGAUGUUUGUAAUGGUGAUUUCUUGUGUGACGGAGCUGAUGGGUUAUAACAGUACCAUGGCGAGUUUUUUACUGGGAUUAAUGUUUCCGAGGACGGGGCCGACGGCGAGGACGGUGAUGGGGAGUCUGAGUUAUUUUGUGCAUAAUUUUGUGGUGCCGGUUUAUUUUGGGUACGCGGGGGUUCAGACCGAUUUGACGAUGGUGAGGGAGAGGGGAGUGGCGAUCGCGGUGGUGGUGCUGAUAGCGGUGGGGACGGCGGGGAAGAUUGGGGGGACGAUGAUCGGGGGGAGGUUGGUUGGUAUGACGGUGAGGGAAGGGCUCGUUUUGGGGCUGCUGCUUAACGUUAAGGGGCACGUUGAUAUGAUUCUUAUAUCGAUUGCCAGGAAGUAUGAGUUAUCCAUAAUUUUAUCUUCUCUGCAGAUUUGGGGUCAAACAACAUAUAUGGUCAUCCUAAUCACCGUCCUCCUCAACAACAUCAUGGCCGGCCCCGCCGCCGCCUUCCUCAUAAACCAGGAACGCAAAACCCUAAAAUACAGAUCCAUGGGCCUCGAAUGGCUCAACCUCGACAAAGAACUCCGCGUUCUCGCCUGCCUCCACUCGCCGCAGGACGCCCCCACUAUCCUCAACCUCCUCGAAAUAUCUGCGGGCUCCACCGCCCAUGUUCCCUCCUCCCGCUCCCCUCUCGCCGCCUAUCUCCUCCACCUCCUCCAACUAACUCCUCGCCUCACCUCCACCACCCUCUACCACCAACGCAUCGACCACCACUUUCAAAAAGACCUCCUCCCCGACCAAACCCGCCAAAUCGAUUUUGCCGCUGACGCCUUCGUCGACCAAACCUCCAUCCCUCUCCGCCAAAUCAACGCUAUUUCCUCUUACGACACCAUGCAUCUCGACAUCUGCCGCGCCGCGCAGGACAUCUGGGCGUCGCUGAUCAUUCUCCCUUUUCACCGCCGGUUAAGGCUCGACGGGAGGCUAGGGUUUGGAAAAGAAGGGAUUCGGCUGGUCAAUCGGCGCACGCUUCGCCACGCGCCGUGCACAGUGGGGGUUCUCGUGGACCGCGGGAUGAGCGGACGGUUUGUGGAGGUCGGAGCAGGGGUUUUGCAUAAAGUGGCGGUGGUUUUCAUCGGCGGAGCCGAUGAUCGGGAGGCGAUGGCUUACGGAGGGAGGCUUGCGAUGCAUCCGUGUGUUAGCGUGACAAUUUAUCGAUUGGUGGGCGAGAGGGAUGAUGAGGAUGAGGAUUUCGUUAGGGAUUUUGUGAGGAGAUUUGUGGCGACGGGGAUGGUGUGGUUUGUGGAGAAGGAGGUGAAGGAUGGGAUGGAGACGGUGGAGGUUUUGAUGGGGAUGGAAGGGAAGUAUAGUUUGUAUGUGGUGGGGAAGGGGAGGAGGUGGGGAGAAGGAAGGAGGAUUACGGAGGGGAUGGGAGAGUGGGAGGGGGAAGGGGAGUUGGGGGAGAUCGGAGAUUUGUUGGCUUCGUCGGAGUUUAUGUCGUCGGGAUCGGUGUUGGUGAUGAAGCAGCAUCAGGUGGUUCAGGGUAGGAGAGAUUUGGGGGUGGAGGAGGAGGAGCUAGCGGAAGCUAAUUGACAGUUUUGUCGUUUAAUUUCUUUUCCCUUUGGGUGCUAAUUAUUAUCUAGAGACCAAUCAGAACGAGUCACAUCAUUUUCAUGCGGCUUGGUAUCGUGUUUGGUACUAAUGAUAUGACACAUUCUGGUUGGUCUCCAGAUGGUGAAUUAUGUUCGACGUCUGCACAGAAUAAGAGUGGAGGAGAAAUUAUUCAGACGCAUAACUGGAAGAAUCGUACGAUCAUGUGAGUAUAUAUUGCGUAUAAAAUUAAGAUUUUAGGUAUUUAUACUGUGUACACUGACAUAAUCGGACAGUUCUUCCGGUUCUACGUCUGCAUGAAAUAAUUUCUCUUGGGGGAGUAGGAUUGAUUCUGAAACUGUAGAUUAUAUUGCUAAUUUAGAAUUAGAUGUGUAAAGUGAGAAUACCACUAUUUGUUUAUUUACAUAUUAUGUGAGACUGCGAAAUUUUAUAUUA